AAAACGGAAACAGGACGUUUACAACUGACUAGCUACACAUUUAGGUCCAGUUUAUUAGUGGUGUUAGCAAAAAGUGUUGUACAAAACAAAGAAACUAUGGUUUGCGACAAUUGUGAGAAGAAGCUGGGCAGGGUGAUAACUCCAGACACCUGGAAGGAUGGAGCAAGGAACACUACAGAGAGCGGUGGGCGGAAGCUGAAUGAGAACAAGGUUCUGACAUCUAAGAAGGCUAGGUUUGAUCCUUAUGGGAAGCCAGGAAAAUCAGGAAAGUCGGGCUUUGGCAUCUGCCGAAUCUGCAAGAGCUCUGUUCACCAAUCAGGAUCUCACUACUGCCAGGGCUGUGCCUACAAGAAAGGGAUCUGUGCCAUGUGUGGGAAGAAGGUUUUGGACACCAAGAACUACAAGCAGACCUCCGUCUGAUAGUCUUCUGACAGGCCACCAGUAUAACCAGAGAAAGAAGGGGAGGAGUGAGAAAGAAAAGGAGGGAAAGGGGAAGGAAGGUGGGCACGAGAAAUGACCGCUUUAUUGUGUAGCAGGCUUGCUUUGACCCUGUCUAAAUCUCUCGUAGCAGAGAUACAGUCAAAGGGUUCUUACUCUUUCCAGCUCUCUCGUGUGUGUGUGUGUGUGUGUGUGUGUGUGUGUGUGUGUGUGUGAUGGAGCCCUCCCUAUUGUACAGAUCCUAUAACCCUCUGCAAUAAGUGGCCAGUACUGUUCCACACACCAAAUCCGAGACUACUUUUAGUUUUAAUACCUGGACUGAUGGCUUCUCUCCGGUCGUGUCAAACCUGCUCUGAUACAGGAGUUUCCUUUUAUCAAUUCAUUGGAAAUUAUAUCAAGUGUCAUGUUUUUGAGUGUAUUAAUAUAAUACAUAUGUAAUGGCAAUUAAAUUAUUAUUCAUCA